UAAUAUGUACUUUURGUGUGAGCAUAAAGUUUUAAGUGAAAAAUAUUUUUAGUUAAAAAGCACGCUUAUAAGCAGAGAGUGACCUGUAAUAAUAUAUGUAUAGUAAAAAAUUGCUGUUAUAAAUAUGUGAAAGUUUCGACAAAAAUUAGUGAAUUCAACGCUAAGCAUUUCCACCCACGCAACCUAACGCCAACAACAACAACAAUAGCAAUAAGACAGACAACAUAAAUAACCGUUCGACCACAACCACAAUUCCCACGAAAGCGCGGUCAGCCGAAGUAGACGCCACACAGCGAUUAUCCUUGUCAACAUCCUUACCACACACAAACGAAUCCCAAAAUAGUAACAAGCGGGUGGCGCAAUGCAAUCGACUGAUUCUGGAGAUGGAGCAAAAAACUUCAAUCAGCACAUCACCAGUCAUUUGGCAUCAUCAUCCGCAGCGGGACCAGCAACAGCAACAGCAACAACAACAUUAAACGACSCGUCCGCAACCGCACAGCACAACAGAAGCAACAGCACGGCCCAACACGACACACCCAGCAGGAAUCCCUUCAAGCAAACACCGACUCCCCAGUGGAGCAGCGAACAGCAAAGAUUAGCGCAGCAACAGCAGCUACAACAACAACCGAAUGGCAGCAACAAAAUCUACAACAACAGCGUACAGCAUGCCAACGAAGCAGGCGCUGGCAUUUUUGGCGUCGGUGGCGCGACAACAACCGCAACAACAGCGACGGCACAAGCAACACCGACACCAAACUCCCACACAGAUCCGGCAGCAAUCAAGACACCAGGACGACAUUAUAUGACACCGCAACCACCGCCGCCGGAUCAUUGCCGGCAGGAGGAUUACCGCGCCGCCGGCUCGUGGGCCACCUUCAAGAAUUGGAUGAUCGGCUGGCGCGGCUCACGACAACUCGUCUUGAUCAUUGUGGCCAUUGCGUUGUUAUUGGAUAAUAUGUUGUUGACCACUGUUGUUCCUAUUAUACCCGAGUUCCUGUACGACAUACGCCAUCCCGAUGCACCGCUCGACAGCUUCCCACGUACGCCACUYACUACGCACACACCACCGCCGCCUACACAGKCACCCUGCAACGUGAAYGGCGAACCAUUGCCGACGAUGGAAGUAUCAACACAGAGUCCGGAAGAGAAUUACACUAUGUGGCGAGAGAUGGAAGAGCGGCACAAUGAACUAGUGGGCGAGACCGUUGAAGUAGGAAUCCUAUUUGCAUCAAAAGCUUUCGUACAAUUGUUAGUCAACCCGAUUGUUGGACCCUUGACGCAUAAAAUCGGUUACAGCAUACCCAUGUUUGCCGGCUUCGUAAUCAUGUUUAUAUCRACAAUWAUCUUCGCUUUUGGACGUUCGUAUUUGGUGCUAUUUGUGGCGCGUGCKCUACAAGGUAUCGGAUCUUCAUGCUCGUCCGUUUCCGGUAUGGGUAUGUUAGCCGAUCGCUACACYGACGACAAGGAACGUGGCAAUGCAAUGGGCGUAGCGCUGGGUGGCUUGGCUUUAGGUGUGCUUAUCGGACCGCCAUUCGGUGGUGUCAUGUACGAAUUCGUUGGCAAAUCCGCACCAUUCUUGAUACUUUCCGCAUUGGCUUUGGGUGAUGGCCUGCUGCAGCUCUUCAUGUUACAACCGUCGAUACAACGUGCCGAAACGGAACCACCAUCACUAAAGGCGCUAAUCAGCGAUCCGUAUAUAUUGAUCGCUGCUGGUUCUAUUACUUUCGCGAAUAUGGGUAUUGCCAUGUUGGAGCCAUCGCUACCGCUGUGGAUGGUUGAUAAUAUGGGCGCUACACGUUGGGAGCAAGGUGUUGCCUUUUUGCCAGCCUCCAUCAGUUAUUUAAUUGGCACAAAUCUCUUCGGUCCUUUGGGUCACAARAUCGGACGUUGGUUUGCCGCCUGUUUGGGCCUGAUUAUYAUUGGCUGCUGCUUGAUAAUGAUACCUAUGGCAACCUCGAUCACACAUCUAAUUCUACCGAAUGCCGGCUUGGGUUUCGCCAUCGGCAUGGUGGACUCAUCAAUGAUGCCCGAACUUGGUUUUCUUGUCGACAUACGUCAUUCGGCCGUCUAUGGCAGUGUUUAUGCUUUGGGUGAUGUUGCUUUCUGUGUCGGUUUUGCCGUGGGUCCAGCGCUGAGCGGCACUCUAGUGAAAACCAUCGGUUUCGAAUGGAUGUUAGUCGGCAUCGCUAUUUUGUGCUUCAUUUACGCUCCACUUCUGACGCUGCUCAAGAAUCCACCGACUAAGGAGGAGAAAAAGGUUGGUACCGAGACUGAARCUGAUGCUGACGCGUCUGCGCCGCCAMUGGCAUUGACGKCGGCAUCUGGCGCUGUGAAUGCGAAUGGCAAUGCUAGCAAAGAAGUCGUGUUUACGACCRCGGCCAAGAGUCCAGCCAUUAUGCAUGACGGCAUGACGAAUGAAGCUUUUGAAUGCGAACGUCUUUGAGUUGCAAAAUUAUUUUUAUUAUUAUUUUGUUUAAUURUAUUCUAACUAAAUUAGUUGCUGUUUGCAUAUUUUCAAUCAGUUCGUUCCUCUUAAAGUGUUUAAU